ACUUCAACAUCUACAACAAUGCUUCUGGUGUUCUUGAUUUCAACAUGACUUUCGUUCAAACUAAAGGUACUGGUUGGUCAGAUGGUUUACAUCCAUUCACUAUCAAUAUUGAAUCAAACAUGGUUAACGGUAAAAAAGAUAACAUUUCAGUUACUUUUGAUAAUUCUGGUACUACUUGGAUGGUUGAUCGUACUACUCAAUCCAAUUUCCAAAGAAACUCUCAUGAAUUCACUGAAAGACUUGGUCAAUUCGUCAAUCCAAGAGGCCAAACUAAUGAAGUUUCUUAUUUCACAAUCUAUGGUUUCGUCGAUAGAGAUAUCUUGGAAGUUUACUUGAAUGAUGGUGAAAUUACAAUGACAAACACUUUCUUCUUUGGUGAUGGAAGAGUUCCAGCUGAUAUUUCAGUUCAUUCAGGUUUUGAUGAAUCAUUUGUCACCAUCAAAGAUUUAACUGUCAAAGCUUAUGGUUUGAAAGAUUAAUCAUAAUGAACAAUUUUUUUUUAUAAAUAACUCUUAAUGAAUGAUACCCCUUUUUUUUUCUUUCAAAUAGCUUUUGUAGAGCUUAUUUCUGGUGAACUUGACCUAAUCUUAUGAACAAAGAGGUUCCAAGAAGGGGCUCGAGUACUUGGUGUUUAUUAUGAUGAGAUUUCAUAU